ACGUGAUUGCGCAUUGACGUAAAAAGCCGGUGCCUUAAAGCAGUGUGACCUUCUCACGUUCGCCAGAAAGCGCUGCUCUGCUAACAGAUUCGGGUCUCUUCUCUUCUGUUCCGAGAGAUUUUUUUACCGGCACGUUUUAGCCGAAAGAGCUCAUCAUGGGUGACGUUGAGAAAGGAAAGAAGGUUUUCGUCCAGAAGUGUGCUCAGUGCCACACCGUGGAGGCGGGGGGCAAGCACAAGGUGGGCCCCAACCUGCACGGUCUUUUCGGACGCAAGACUGGACAGGCGGAGGGCUACUCCUACACAGAUGCUAACAAAAGCAAAGGUAUUGUCUGGGGUGAAGACACCCUCAUGGAGUACCUGGAGAACCCCAAGAAGUACAUCCCUGGCACCAAAAUGAUCUUUGCUGGCAUCAAGAAGAAGGGAGAGCGCCAGGACCUCGUCGCUUACCUCAAGUCAUCCACAUCGUGAAAAUGUUAAAGAGAGACAAAACAAAGAUGAGAAUAUUUAACGUACUCGUUUAGGUUAUUUUCAGCUCCAUAUGUGUUCAGUAUCUGGUUUUAUGUUUAGUCAUUUGUACAGAAGGUGUAUUUAUUUCGUACAUCUUGGGCGAAGAACGGUUCCAGGAGAUUGUACAGGUGACCAAACGUAACACUGCAGCACUUAUUAUUUGUGGAUCUGUCCUAAUAAAUGCUAAUCUCAUUUAAAUGUUACUUGCCAUGAUAGGUGGCCUGACCUGUCAUUCAUUCUGUUCUCCAUGACAACGAUUCAUUUUUACUAUUGUAAAUGAUAAAAGUCAGCAAAUAUCGGUUAACAAUAAUAAAUUGGAGAAAUAUUGGGA